AUGACUUGGCGGCGAUCUUCCAACAAGCCCCCUGCCGCGUUCAGCACUGCGGUCGAAGGCCAGACAGGGGAGGUCACAACUACUACCGGGAGGUAUAUCGGCGAGACUGGAGGCAAUAAUGCGGCAACAACGUAUCAGGACGCAUCUGGCGCUCCAGUUGAACACAACUCACCAUUGGGAUACUCCGUCGGCCCUGUCACAAUUACCUUGCUGAACAUCACAAUGAUGAUCGGCGCUGGUAUCUACUCUACGCCAUCAUCUAUCCUGUCCGGGACGGGCUCGGUCGGCGUCAGUUUUGUUUACUGGACCCUCGGUUACUUGAUAUGUCUCACGUCUGGAGCUGUGUACCUUGAGUUUACGGCAUACUUCCCCAGUCGAUCAGGUUCAGAAGUCGUCUUCCUCGAACAAGCCUACCCUAGUCCAAGAUGGCUCUUUCCAACCACCUUUGCGGUCCAGAGUGUCAUUCUUUCAUUUGGAACCGCCAAUGCCACAGUCAUGGCCAAGUAUCUUAUCGCCAUCUCCGGGCACACCGGCACCGAUUGGCAGAUCAAAGGCACUGCUCUAGCUUGCUACAGUGUUGCCACAUUGACGCUGGUGUUUAAUACAAAAUACGCGUAUUGGUUCUCAAAUGCUGUUGGAAUUGUGAAGAUUUGCACCCUUCUCUUUGUGAUAGUCACUGGCUUUGUUGUUUUGGGGGGCAACACCAAAGUUGAGCACCCCAAGGCUAAUUUUCAAGACGCUUGGUCAGGGAGCUCCACAGCUUCUGCAUACGGAUUUACUACUGCCCUGUACCGUAUCAUUUUCUCCUAUGGUGGUUAUAACAACGCCUUCAAUGUUGCCAACGAGGUCAAGAAUCCCGUCAAGUCACUCAAAAUCUACGCCACCAUCGCUCUCACGGUGGUGUACGUGUUAUACAUGUUUGCAAACGUCGCGUUCUUUGCUGCUGUUCCCAAGGAGGAGUUGGAGAACUCUGACUUGACGACGGCAAGUCUCUUCUUUAACAAGGUCUUCGGCGAUAGCGGCGCAGUUCGCGGCCUCAAUUUCCUCAUCGCCUUGGCUUCCUUCGGUAACAUGAUAGCCGUGAUCAUUGGUCUAUCCCGCCGCAUCAGAGAAUGCGGCCGACAGGGAGUUCUACCAUGGACGACGCUCUGGGUCUCGACUAAGCCUUUCGGCACACCAUUGGGUCCGUACGCCAUCAUUUGGGCUCUGACCGCGUUGAUGAUCCUAGCCAUUCCUGCAGGAGAUGCCUUCACUUUCGUCAACGAUUUAAGUGUCAUCCCUACAGCUGCCUUUAACCUUGCCAUGGCUGUUGGCAUCUACGUUGUACGGUGGCGCCGAAGGAACGCCAACCUUCCCGAGCCCGAAUUCAAGGCCUGGAAUUUCGUGAUUCUCUUUAAUAUUCUCGUCCAGCUUUACCUUCUUGUUAUGCCCUGGUAUCCGCCAGCAGGGGGCCAGUAUGCUGGCGAUGUCAGCUUUUGGUAUGCAACGUCUGCCGUGACGGGAAUUGGAAUUCUUCUUGCCUGUGGCAUUUAUUACUAUUUCUGGGCCUUCCUCAUUCCCAAAUGGAAGGGCUACAAACUGCGACAGGAACAAUUGAGCCUAGAUGGCGGUGUUCAGAGUAACCGGCUCAAAAAAGUCCCUAAUGACGAGGUCGCAGAAUGGGAUGCGACACAUGAUGCAGCUGGCCGUAUCAUCGAGUCGCCAGUGGAGAUUCAGGUUCAGGUAAAAGGCAUCGAUGUGUGA